UGUUCCCUGUGCGCGUUGCUGACUUUUUUACACAGUUUUAUUUAUUGUUUUAUUGUUUGCCUAAUCAUUGACCACCGAGGAGAGGCCCAGGAUGCCUUGCUACUCAGCCUCCAAUGUGCGUUUUGUCAGCGCCGAGUCGCAGCUGAAGGAUAGAUGCCAGGAGCUGCGGUCGCGGGCCAGGGCACAGACGGCGGCAUAUCGUCCCCCGGCGGGUGGAUUUCGGCCCUCUACCCAGAUGGGUGUCGCCUCGUUCCGAAGACCCUUUGACCAGUCGGCGGCCUACGACCAGAAGCAGCUGAAACGGAACGAGCGAGACAGGAAACGCAAUCAGGGCUCGAAGCACAUUGUGCUGCGACCCAACGAUCUGAGGCGACUUAAGGAUCAGGGCAGGGUAGUGACCGUGCAGGAGAAGAUGCAGGAGAUCGACGAGAAGGAGGAGGCUCACCGCCAGCAGCUGCAGCUGGUGGAAGAGACAAGAAAGCGCUACAAGGAGAUCGACAAAGCACGACAGGCAGUGGCGGGAGAGGACAAGAUCAGUAGCGUGGAGAGCGAGAUUCUGGAGGAGAAGGGCUCGGUGCUGAGUCGCGCCUUUCUGGCCAAGCAAGAGCAGGAGGAGGAGGUGAAGCAGAUCAACCGCAUGAUCCUCGAUGCCAAGUGCAAGGCGGUGCGGGAGGCACAAAUCCAGGAGAAGUAUCUGCUGGCCAAGGCACUGCGGGAGGACGACGAGCGUCUGGCUCGGAUGGUCAACGCGGAGGCUCGGAAGGCCCUGAGCGCCGAGGAUGAGCGGGAGCGUCUGGAGAUCGAGAAGCGUGCCAAGUACGCCCAGGAGAUCCGCCAACAGCUGAGUGAGCGCGAGAACCGGCGCUACCUGGAGGCCAAGCGGGUGGCCGAGGAGGCCAAGGGCAUUCGCAGGGCCACGGAGCUGAUGCGCGAGGAGGAGGAGCGCCAGCGGAACUUCGUCCAUGUGCGCAAGCAGCGCUUCCGCGAGGAGCUGCAGCGGAUCCGCGACAUGUCCAACGUGUUCAAGACCAUGCUGAUGGAGCAGGAGCGCCUGGCCGACCUGCGGGUGAUGGCCUACAUGCGCGAGAAGCAGGAGAAGGAGCGCCAGCUGAAGGAGCUGAAGCGGCUGGCGAAGAAGGAGUUCGAGCGUCGCCAGCAGCGCAUCUUCACGGUGGCUGCCGAGGCCAUGGAGACGCGACACACCAACGAGGAGCUCAAGUACUUGAAGGAGCGCGACCGUGUGGAGCGCGAGUACCGGCAGCGGGAGAAGGACGCUGCCAUGGCCAAGCGGGAGGCGGAGCGGGACCUGCUCGAGUCGCGCGCCCAGCAGGCGCAGGAGAUGAAACACCGCCUGGCGCUGGAGAUCGCCCACGCCGAAGAGGAGUUCAACAAAGUGAUGGACCGCAUGCGUGAGGAAGAGGACAAGCAGAAGGCGCUCGACCAGCAGCGCGACUUCCAGCGUCUGGUCUACCGCAAGGAUCUCAAGCAGCAGAUGACCGACAAAGCGGAGGAGCGCCGUCGCCUGGCUAAAAUCGAGGCCGGUCGCGUCCAAAAGUGGCUGGAGCAUGAGCAGCAGCGGGACGCCAACAUCAAGCAGGUGAUCAGCGCCAAGAUCGCGUCCAUGCGGGAGAACUGCCUGCCCGAGAAGUACUUGAAGGAGGUGGAGAAGCAGCUGAAGAACAUCCAAGGCUCACGCAAUCGGAUACGCUGACGGAGGGUCCGGCUGAGGUUGCAUAGCUUGGGGCGGUGCCUGGGAGCAGUAGUGGGCUUCCCACUGGACCCCGAGAGUAUGCAGGAAUGUGGGUUCGAUCUAGCACCUACGAUACCCGCUACAGUAAGCUCAUUGCAUAGGGAUAUUCUUAGUGUAUUUUGAUAAUAAACGAAUGGCGCAAAACCCUAAGCUGAAAUCUACUAUACAUAUGUAUGUAUGUCCCAAAAGGUCUCAUGAAAAUGUAACCCACCGCCCGAAAGUAUGCCAUAAAGCUGCAAACGCCACAAAAGUAACUGCCGA